AGUGGGCUGUGGUUGCCUGGCUCUUGCCAAGGAUCGAUCUGGAUAACUAACUCUUUGGGAUCUUUCAGUCAGUUUGAUUCCUUAAUCGCUGUGGAUGUGGGAUGUGUGCGAGUGCCGCGGAGUGGAUACACGAUAGUGGAUGUUCCAAGUGCGAGCAGCUGAUCGAUGGAUGGAUGCUUACAUUAGCAGCGUGGGAUAGCAGGAUUUUAUCAUAGAAUACAGACCACACGUGGUACUGGUUCUUGUGUGCGAACUGUAGAGCUCUGUAGUCUGUGGUAGGUGUAAUACAAAGUUUAAGUAACUUUGAGCGAUUUAUAUAAAAACAACACUUUUAUGUCACAUUUUGGUAAGUUAUGUAGAUUUUAUCCGCCUAUUUUUCGACUCCUCUUUAAAAAAAAUUCCCAUAAAGACUGGGUGUUUCGGACUGUCGAAAAUGUUUUUAAAAAACACACGAAAGAAAAAAAAGAUUUGACUUCUAAAUAAUAUUUGAUUAUAGACGGAUGUUUAAUUGAUAUUAUUGGAUGUGAAGAGCAAUUUCAAAAGAUGCUCUACCUGAAACAAAUACUUAAUAUUAGCUGACAUCAAUAGGUUUCAUACUUGGUGUGUCCGUAUUGGAAGCUAAUAGAAAUAUAACCCUAUUAACCUUUGCGAUAAACCAAACCAUUGGUAAUAGUUAACGAUAAGUAUAAGAUUAACACUAGACCCUUAGGCCAACUUUUUAUUCUUGAGAUCCGACACUGACCUCUGCAACAUAUGAAUCAGUCGGGCGCCCCCCUCCCCCCAAACCAACACCCUACCCCCCUCCCCGAAAAUGCCUUAAAGCCUUGUUUUUGAAAAGAUGAUAACACGUCCAUAGAAUAAUUUAGACGCAAACGUUUGUUGUAGCAACCAUGUCCCCUAUCUCUGUCUUAACAUGUGUCUUGUCUUCAUGGAAUGUACCGAGCGCAACGUUUUACUUACGUCUGGAAUGAGCUAAAGUGUAUGUACCGAGCUAAUGAAAUUAACUAUAAGCAAGUAUCGUAGGGAAUGAAAUGUCAGUGCGUAUCGAAUCGAAUUAAGUUUACCUACGUAUCAAAUGAAUUUCAUUUUAUGCUAUCCAGGUUUAAGCUUAUUUUUAUGAGUUUUAUUGUUUUGUAAGACACAUCCUCCUUGUAAGACACACCCUCAUUAUAAGACACCCGCACCUUGUAAGAAGCAACCCCCCUUGUAAGACAACCCCUCCUUGUAAGACACCCCUUCCUUGUAAGACACCCCCUCCUUGUAAGACACACCCUCCUUGUAAGGCACACCGUCUUUGUAAGACACACCCUCCUUGUAAGACACCCGCUCCUUGUAAAUGUCAUUAAAACAUUGUCUUCAUUAUUUAUGAGCAGUAGACGACAAUCUCAUCGUACAGCUACCGCUGUGAUAAAAUGCGACUUAACUUGAUAACAAAUGAUGAGGCAUUGGAAACAGAAUGGUAAAACUUGAGUCUUGGCGGCCGUUCUGCAGUCCAUGAUGUUGGAUUAUGUUUACGUGGCUAAAACGGGUAAUCACAUUCCAUAUUAACGCCAGCCCUUCGUCAUUCAACACUAUACGUGAGUUUACAAUAAGAUUGAAGUAUAAUAAAUGAAAGGCUGCGUUCAAGCUAUGUGACGGAAAUAGUAGAACACGUUAUUUUGGCAGCUUGAAUCGAAAGACAGGACGGUGAGAUAAGAACGUUCCGGCAAAGAGCCUCCCUCGGCAGACAGGACAAAUGAAAAAAACGACAAGAAGUGGAAACUAGCUUACAACUUAAGAGUGAUCGCCAUUGUUAUAGCCGGAAGUUGGAUGUUACAAACAUUUUAAAUAUUGGACUAUAAGCGAGACAUUCACUCAUUAUGAAAGUGGGCGCAAGACAUUUACUAAUUAUAAGAGUGGGCGCAAGGCAUUCACUAAUUAUAAGUGUGCUCGCAAGACAUUCACUUAUUAUAAGCGUGGUCGCAAGGCAUUCACUCAUUUUAAGAGUGAACAAAAGACAUUCACCAAUUAUAAGAGUGGGCGCUAGACAUUCACUCAUUACAAGAGUGGGCACAAGACAUUCACUAAUUAUAAGAGUGGACACAAGCCAUUCACUCAUUAUAAGAGUGGGCAAAAGACAUUCACCAAUUAUUAGAGUGGGCACAAGACAUUCACCAAUUAUAAGAGUGGGCGCUAGACAUUCAAGUAUUCUGGGCGCAACGAUCCUCGAACUCUUCAUAACGACAUUAAUAUUUAACAUGUUGUUAUCGAAGAAUCAUAAUGCAGGUAUAAAGCUGUCAACUGCCAUUCAAUUCAUGCAAUAGUCAGAAACCAAACCUGUUGCAACAGGUGAAGUCGGCUGAGAUCUGUAUUUAUUUCAGACCCCCCCCCCCGGUGUAAAACGACGCGCCCCGGGGGGCAUCAUGGGACGGGUCAACGGUAUCUCAUGUCUAUCCUGCCCUUGAGGGCGGGGGGGGGGGGGGGAGGGCACGGGUCCCGGGUUCUCUCUGUUUGGGGCUUUAUCAUGGCUCAUUUUGUCCCUGGUCUCGUCACAGGUUUUCAAAUUCUUUGCUCAAAGGUGUAAAACGACGCGCCCCGGGGGGCAUCAUGGGACGGGUCAACGGUAUCUCAUGUCUAUCCUGCCCUUGAGGGCGGGGGGGGGGAGGGAGGGCACGUGUCCCGUGUUCUCUCUGUUUGGGGCUUUAUCAUGGCUCAUUAUGUCCCUGGUCUCGUCACAGUGUUUCAAAUUCUUUGCUCAACGCUCAAGUAAUCGCCCCCGGGCUUUGUUUGUGGAGAUUCAAGCGACAAGCUCGGCUCAGUCAGAAAAAGGAUUUUUUUUUAAAUUUAAUGUUUCUUAUUUUGAGGCCGUCGUAAGAUCCACUGCAACCUGAUCACUGGAAAUAUGUUCCAGGGGGUUUUUUUUUCUUUUUUGUACUGAAUGCCAUUUAGGUGUGGCAGGUAACCAUGAUGGUUUAAUCAAGAGAUUUCUUGUCGACAUAAACGGCUUUAUACAGUCUACAGUAAAGCCAGGCUUAAAAGAGACAUCUGAUUUAAAUACAGGAACCUUGUUAUGUACCUGUUGACAGAAUAAAAGAAAAAAAAAUUUGGUGGUAAGACUUAGUCACAUACUAUGAGAGGUCGACGAGACGGUCGAAAUGACAAUGGACAUUAUGGGCCAAAAUAUGACGUUAAGUUCAUACAUAAUUUUUUACUUUCAUUUUCUCCUACACAUCUUUAGAAAUUUCUAUUAAAAUAAAAUACAUUUUUUUACGAUAACAGAACUUUUAAAAAAAAAUGUACAAGUAUAGUAAUCAAAUUGUAUACAGCUGGUUUAAACAUUGACCGAAAGCUAAUGCGAUAGAUAACAUGCCAAUAAGCAAACAAACAAAAUGAAAUAAAAAUCAAGACCAUAUGCCACCCAUGAUAAAAUUGACGAAUAACUUUACCACGUGAUAUGCUUAUUUAAAUACGAUACGGUUCUUUUAUCAAUCAAAAAAAAAAUGAGAUAAGUAUUUUGAUGACUAUGUGCAUCUUGAUUUUCUGAACAUACAUAACUGUUCUUACAAAGACUAACCUUUUUAAACUAGGGCAUUUUAACAAAAGACAUCUUUAUAGCAAUUUAACGCAGGGCAUCUACAUAUCAAUUUAACGCAGGCCAUAUACGUAACAAUUUAACAGGACAUAUACAUAACAAUUUAACACAGGACAUAUACAUAACAAUUUAACAGAGGACAUAUACAUAACAAUUUAACAGAGGACAUAUACAUAACAAUUUAACAGAGGACAUAUACAUAACAAUUUAACACAGGACAUAUACAAACAAUUUAACACAGGACAUAUACAUAACAAUUUAACAGAGGACGUAUACAUAACAAUUUAACACAAAACAACUGCAACAAAUUGUAACACAGGAAAAUUGCAUAACAAUUUAACACAGGACAUCUACAUAACAAUUUAACACAGUACAUCUACAUAACAAUUUAACACAAGAUAUUUUCAUAACAAUUUAACACAGUACAUAUACAUAAAAAAUUAACACAGGACAUCUACAUAACAAUCUAAAACAGGACAUGUAUCUACAAAACAAUUUAACACAAGACACCUAUAGUAUUUCUUAAGCGCCAUGUUCAGCCAUCAUAUGCCAGGGAACUUCACUCAAAGUUCAGCCGUCAUAUGCCAUGGAACUUCACUCAAUUCGUGACAAUACUGAGUAUAAGAGCAGUUAUUUAGAUUUUUUAACAGCCGGGAGAGCACACUGGCAAUUUCUGAAGGAUUGGGGAACAAAUAAAUUUUUAAAUCUUUCCGUUCUAACUUUGAGGAAAAGAAUUUGCCCCGAUCGACAUGAUGUGAGGCAUCUGUGAUGAACAAGGGGGUGGGGGUGGGGGUGGGGGUGGGGUGGUGGGAGUAUACGGUAAAAGGUUUUAAGUUUUACACAUGCAUAUUUCUUCAAGCUGAUUUGAGCUACAUUACCGGCUUUCUUGUUAAGGUUAUAUAAUCGGCGCUAAUGAAACACAAAAAAACGGCGAAUUUCCCCAGCAGCAGCAGCAGGUUAUACUGAAGGUUAGUGGACUUCCAAUUGUUGCACUAUAGAAUGUGUCAAUAAUUGGUUUGUUAGCGCCAAAAUAUUGUGUAAUGUUUUAAGAAACCAAACGUCUUUGGUUAAUUUUUUAUAUAUAGGAUUGGUCCGUGGAAAUAUCAUGUUAUCUUAUUACUUUUGAGCACAAUUAAACUUUCAAUUAUGCUAAAGAAUCAGAUCAGUUGCAUUUUCGUAAAAAAAUGUACCUUUACUUCAUUUUUUAAUUAAACUGCUUCAAAAUGUCUUUGAGUAAUAGGCGACUUGCAUAUGGUUUAACGGCGAUACACUUUAUAAUUUACAUUCCUUUAUUGCUAUUAUAUAAAAAUGAUAUAAAGAAAAAUACAGUUAAAUACCAUUAACAAAAUUAGUUGUACUUGUAAAAGACUUUAAUUGCCUUGUAGAAUACAAUUAACAUGAUACUAGACAGAUUCAAAAUGUCUUUGAGUAAUAGGCGAAUUGCAUAUGGUUUAACGGCGAUACACUUUAUAAUUUACAUUCCUUUAUUGCUAUUAUAUAAAAAUGAUAUAAAGAAAAAUACAGUUAAAUACCAUUAACAAAAUUAGUUGUACUUGUAAAAGACUUUAAUUGCCUUGUAGAAUACAAUUAACAUGAUACUAGACAGAUUCAAAAUGUCUUUGAGUAAUAGGCGAAUUGCAUAUGGUUUAACGGCGAUACACUUUAUAAUUUACAUUCCUUUAUUGCUAUUAUAUAAAAAUGAUAUAAAGAAAAAUACAGUUAAAUACCAUUAGCAAAAUUAGUUGUACUUGUAAAGACUUUAAUUGCCUUGUAGAAUACAAUUAACAUGAUACUAGACAGAUUUUGUCGGUUGUUUCUCAGCGCCUAUUUUAAUCAUUGAUACAAAAAUAGAAACACUUUAAAACUAAACGAGAAGAUAAGAAAUACAUUGUAAAAAUAACACCAAAUGACUUAGUUUCAAUGGUACACAUUUACUCUAAGAAAAGAUGACACGUGGCCCAUCAUUUUCUGCACACGUUAGAACGGCUGUUCACUCACCCCUCAUAAAACUGUAGACACAGUCACAUUUAAAAAAAAUAUAUAUUUUUUUAAUUCCAAUCCUAAACUUUGCGAUUUUUUUGAACAUUUUGAUUUGUAAAGUAGUAAACCAGGUGAAUGUGACGAGUUUCAACCUCCCUUUAAGCGUUGGACCAACAUAUAAUUCUAUAUGCGUCCCGGGAAGUAGAUUUAUUUAUAAGCUUUUACAUUCCCGUUAUCAAAACUUUGUAUUACACAUUGUGCACACGCAACUAAUGGAAAGUUAGUAAAAAUAGAUCACACGCUUAGAACAAAUUUAAACUCCUCCCAGCCCUCAAGAAUAUAUAAAAAUAAUAAAAAUAAAUUAAUUUUUAAAAAAAACAACAACAAUUGGGCAAAGUUGGACAAAAGUCGAUAAGAUUAAGCGAUACAAAUCAACUGUAAAUCUUUUACUCUUAUUUCGAGUAGAUAAAUAAAACAUGACACUAUCAGUUCCAGGUCGUACUAGAAAAAUGAUUUGAAUACUCGGUUGAUAUUGAGGUUUCCCAGCAAUGUCAGUGGAGGCAGAGACCCCCCGCGCGAGUGUUGAAUGCCACUGUCACGCACCAUUGUCAAGACCUUCUGGUACUCCUUCCGGCGUGGCGUCCUUGAUGUAUGAGUCUAUAAAUAACGUGGCAUAUUUUAUUUUACUUCUAUGAUGACACGCUUUAUUUCUCAGACUACAGUUCAGAGUGGCUCAAUUUCAAGUGUUACACAAUUAUAAAUUUUUUGCUAAAUUUCGGAGAUAAAAUAAAUAUAUUAUGGACAUAAAAGGAAAUUUUGACCGUGUAACACCGGCGACUAAUUACCUUAGACAAGAGAGAUGGAGCACGUCUCUCUCUAUCCGACUCAUAUGGAUGCUGACAUUGUUCAUUAUUUGUUUCAAUAUAAAAAAAUAAAUAAUAACAAUUGAAUCCUCGGAUGCAUUAAGUUUGUUAUUACAAAACUAUUUUAACAAUUAUUUGUUAAUUUUUUAUUUUUUUUACAAUUUAAGCAUUUUUUUGCAAUUCAAUUUUAAGUCUAAUGUUUAGCCUUAAUGUAGAUAUCAGGCCAAGUUUUAGCUUUAAAAUAAAAAAUUAUUUACAGAAACGAAACUAUGAUUUUGAUUUGAAGAACGUCACCAAACACUGAGGGUUUACUGACAGGAAUUCCCCGGUGUUUAAUCCCUUGUUUAUUUGUUGUUGAAGAACGUAAUGGGUUUUUAUGGUAGACCAUUAAUUUUUUGUUAAACAGUUUCUUUAUAGGUGGCUUACGUAUAAUGUCCGUUAAAAGGGGGGAGUCUAGGAAUCGGUAGCUCAUGCAUAUUUGGUUUCAACUAAAUGUGACUUAUAUAAAGUGAGGUGUAGUAUAUGUCUCAUUUAGUCGGCUCUUCCUAUUGCACAUAGCUGAGUGCAUGUAUUUUGAAUGAUAAUUUCGUUUGUAUUAGCUGUUCAGUAGCUCAUUCUGCUGUUUAAAUUUCCUUAGAUAGCGAUGGGUAUUUAUGCAGUCAAUGGUUUUGUCGUUUCUGAUUAUUGAUGAGCAGGAAAUUAUGACACAUGGAGUUGAUCUAUUUUGGUAUUUGCAUAGCUCAGUGGAGCCCGGGGUGCCCUGGGGAGUCGCAGUUACCUCUCAGGGGCGCCAAGAAACUUGUAUAGAAAAUGUUAAUACCCCCCCCCAUUUAAUAUAUAUAUAUAUAUAUAUUAUAAAUAUAUAUAUAGUGUGGAGAGUUCGGCCGGGGGCGUCUGACCAGGGAUUACCGGCCGUCUGCCGGUCGUCUGACCAGGUACAGCCGGCGCCAUCUGACCAGGGAUCACGAUCGACGGAUCAAGCCAUCUGACCAGGGCAUUUACCUGGGACGUCUGGUUGGUUGGUAACCUGGCGCCGAUUGAGAAAAAGGGGCGGGGCGAGUACAGACCUGGGAAGGGAACUCUAUGAACCAGGGACUUAUAAAUAGGGACCUCUGGACGGGACGAGAUAGAGCGCGGCCGGACAGAGAAGCAGAUAGCAGGGAGAGCUCCGACGGUAGAGGAAGAGGGCAGUCAGAGUUGUGAGAUGAGAGAAAGUAUAAGCGAAGUGUCAGCCUAAUAAAGAACAAGAUUAUAAUCAUCAAUUGUUAUUGCCUGAGUUGUUUCCUUAGUGAAUGCCAGAUAUAGAUGACGGUUAGCAGAGAGUAAGCAAGGUUUCCUUACAAUAUAUAUAUAUAUAUAUAUAUAUAUAUAAAUAUAUAUAUAUAUAUAUAUAUAUAUAUAUAUAUAUAUAUAUAUAUAUAUAUAUAUAUUUGCAAUGUAUUUGUAAGAAUUGAACAUUGGGCACCCUGCGAAAAACCUGGCGUAAGCAAAGCAGCCGAGAAUUUAAAAAGAAAAAAGUUUGCUAACCUCUGGCAUAUGAAGUAACAUUUUCAAAAUUGUAUAAAUAUAUAUUUUUUUUAAAAUGUUUCACUCUCAUUUUAUCUUUACUGUUAAUCUCUUUAAAUAAUCUGGAGAUAGGCACAAAUGAAAUUCUUUCUUACACUCGCCUUAAGAUUAACGUUUAUAGGAAACUCAAAAUUGCAAGAAAAAUAGGUAAAAAGAAAAUACUGCAUUGCAGCAACAGCGCGUUCUUCAGGGAGCUUGUAAUUAUCAUUAGAUAUAUAGACAUAAUAUGUAUCAAUGGGAGCUUGCUACUAAAAUCAAUAAAUUAAAAAAACAAAAGUUUUUCUCACAGUGAAUAUACUUUUGUUUAAAAACAAAAAAAGGUUAAAUUUAAUUUGUGAAUGAUAGACUGUUUACGUAUAUAAUUGUUAUGGACCUUUGUUGAAUGAAGAGUAAUUUUACAAAUAAGAUACAUAAAAAGAUAAAAUAUGGACCAAACCAACAUAUUAAAUAGGCUACGUAUGAUUUACGCUAGCAAUUUGUUUGUCAAAAAAUGUCGUGCUCCGUUAUUGAAAAAAAAAAAAAAAAAAAUGUAUGUAGAUUCUUAAAAAAAAAAAAAACCAUUGCUCUUUAUAAGACAGCUUUGCGUCUUAAGAUUGUCGUAGGUCCUCUAAUAUUCAACAAAGCCCCUAUAAAUCUCAGGAUUUUCAUAGGUCCACCAAUAUUUAAAAAAAGCCCUUAAAAAUAUCAGGAUUGUCAUAGGUCCACCAAUAUUAAACAAAGCCCCUAAAAAUCUCAGGAUUGUCAUAUGCUCUGGAUUGAGACCGUAUAUUUAUACAUUGGAUAGUAGAGGACGUUUCUUCAGUCGUUUAUGGGUCUCUCCAUGUCAUUUAUUGUAGUGAAUGUAGCAUGCAUGUCUAAAAGAGUGUAGUCUCACCAAACAGCUCUACUGGAUAUGAUGACCGGCUGGUUCAGACAUAAGUCGUUUAUGGGUCUCUCCAUGUCAUUUAUUGUAGUGAAUGUAGCAUGCAUGUCUAAAAGAGUGUAGUCUCACCAAACAGCUCUACAGGAUAUGAUGACCGGCUGGUUCAGACAUAAGUCGUUUAUGGGUCUCUCCAUGUCAUUUAUUGUAGGGAAUGUAGCAUGCAUGUCUAAAAGGGUGUAGUCACACCUAACAGCUCUACAGGGCAUGAUGACCUGCUGGUUCAAAUAUAAUUUCUUUGUCAUUCGUCAUCUAUCUCAAACACAGAAAUGCCAUUGCUAAAAAUUAAUGCCUCCAAAACGGUUCUCAAAAGAUCCUAUUCCCACAAAUAAGCGUAAGAACCGCUGGGAUUCAUCAUCUGAGUGUGUGCAUUAAGCUGUUAGGUCUCAUACGAGAUCUCCAUUGGGUUCCUGUGAGUGAGCGCAUUAACUACAAAAUUCUGUCCCUGGCGUACAGCUGCAGCGAUGGCUCAGCACCGAAAUAUCUCAAGGAACUGAUUUAUAAACAUAUAUCCGUGAAGAGCCUGCGGUCUUCAUCACAGUACUUGUUGUUCCUAUUAUAGUGUGGAUAAACACAGGAAAAAUUCGUACGGAGUGCGCUCUUUUGAAGCGAUAGCACCAACAUUAUGGAACAGUUGGCCUCAAUGUUUGAGGGGAAUUGUAAAUGAUAAAAAAUCAUUUAAGAAAAGAUUAAAUUUUUUUUUGUUUAAAUAGAUUCCCGGGGACCAGAGCGCAGUGAGCAUGCUAAAACGGCAUGAAUGCCGGCACGAUAUAGAUAUCAAAUCAAUCGUAUCUACCUCUUUAACUCUUACCCAUUUCUUACCCUCUCAGUAGUCAUAGAGAUCCUUUCGAUAGGGCACACCUCUCCGUCGCUGCCUGAACAAAGUAAACAGCAAUAGAUCAUCAAAACAAACAUAGAUAAUAGACUAUGGCGCCAGUAUAAGACCUGGACUAAUAGGUUUUUUUUAUGAUCGAUACUAUACCAGGAAGAAUAAGCUCAUAAAUUAUUUACGUUUUAAAAAUUCUUGAUUAAAUCUUUUCAAAUAAGACGCCCCACUACCCACUACAUGUUACCAGGUUCGUAACCUCAAUAUUUUGUCUUGGACCGGACGAGGAAAUCUGUGGAUGAAAUAGCGGGUAUUGUGAUAUUGCACCUUAAAUCUACGGGCAGCGUUCGUUGCGCUAUCAGUUUCCAGCACUCAAUAGGGUGUUCGUUUACAGACGAGACAGGUUUAUAUUUACGACACCCAUUAAAACACAGGGAGAGAGACGGGUGUACAUAUCUGUUUGUGCACAACCUCAGAACGUGCAUGUACAUGUCAAGGGAGUAUGAGAAUGUGCGGUACGUGGUGAGAUUUUUUUACGGUUUUGGAUUUACAGUGAAGAAAAUCUUGGCUGCCAUUUUAUUGCCUCAAGAAAUUUUUAAAACGAUUGUCUGGUUUAGUACAAAGUUUAACGAUAUUUUUUUUUUUAAAGUUCUUCAUUUCAACGAAAGUGCAAAUUUCGGUCUGUGAUAUUGUGUAGAUGAAUUUAAGAGGUUUAAAAAAAAAAAAAAAAAAAAAAAAAAAAAAAAAUGAAUUAAGACGUCGUAAGCAAGACGCUAAAUGUUGAAUCGUGUUUUAUCAGAACACUAAGCCAUUUUUGGGAGAAGAUGAACAUUGUCAGGACAAGCAAACAUUUAUACGACAGUUCCCCUACCAAGUCAGUGUAAAGUUAAGACCGACAUGUCCCCUACCUUGUCAGAGUAAAGUUAAGACCAACAGGUCCCCUACCCCAGUCAGACUAAAGUUAAGACCGACAGGUCACCUACCCAGUCAGACUAAAGUUAAGACCAACAGUUCCCCUACCAAGUCAGUGUAAAGUUAAGACCGACAGGUUCCCUACCCAGUCAGACUAAAGUUAAGACCGACAGGUUCCCUACCCAGUCAGACUAAAGUUAACACCGUCAGAUCCCCUACCCAGUCAGACUAAAGUUAACACCAGGUAGUGAUUUUAAGGGGAACCACCGGCUAUCGGAGCGGGACACUCAAGAGUGCAAUAUCUCGCCACCCAACAGGUUACAGGCAAACAACGGGUUGGGCGGGAAAAUGGAAUAAAAAGGGGGGAGACAAUUGGCAGGAAAUCGAUCCCGGUGAUCGGUCGUGAAAUCAUUUCUCUUGGGUUGACAAACAGUCGGAAGUAGGUGGAAACCUGAGGCUACCGAGAUGGGUGAGUUACAGAAUUGUAGAGAAUUUUUUGUACAGACUGACUCUAUAUUUUGUCCGAAGUAGAAUGAGCUUUGAACCCCAUACGAUUUAUCGUUUCUUUAAAGAUAUUUAAACAAAGAAACACACAUUAUGAAAAUGUAUAUCAAACGUAUUGGUCUAAAUAAAUUUUUUCCAUUACUUUUUCAAAGCAAAAUUUGCGUAUUAAACUAAUUUAUUUAGACCAAUAAUAGUGACGCAAUCAAUGUAAGUACAAGCCAAAACUAUUAUGCAUUACAUGUCAAUAGUUUUGGCUUAUUCAGAAUAAUAAAAUGUCACAAAGAUUUGUUAAAUUAUUGAACAAUAGCCUCGCGUUUAAAGUGUCAUAUUUUGCAAUUAAAUUAUUAUACAUUAUUCAUGAUAAAAAAUUCUCACCGACAGACGGUUCAAUAAAAUUUUUUAAAAUAAUGUACAGACCAUCCGACAUUUAUUGAUUAGGAGGUUUCAAUUUCAACUGAUAGCCCACAGUAGGCUGUUUAUGUGGUCAGGUUUCACUCUUGAACCGAGUAGUCCGUAGUGGAUGUUUACGACACGUACAUACUGUUCUACACUUUUAACUUAAAAACCCUACCAGUUUUUCUGAAACUUAAAUUAAUGGUAAAUACAUGAAUUUUUUUUUUUAAUACCUUUUGUUUUAAAUCCUCCGUUAUUGCUGUGAGACAGAUAAAUGUUCUGUACUUACAUGUUUUUUACUGAUCGUUAUACAAUGUGUCUCUCUAGAUUAAGGGUUCCCUAACUCGCAGGCUUGCAACCCAAGAUGGGUGGCUUUUCAAAGGGUGCCGGGGUGGGGGGGGGGGGGGGUUCAAAGAGUGAGAGGAAGAUUUAUCAUGAGAAAAUGCGAGCUUUUUACCAUUAUGUUAGGAGAUAAUGUCCAAAUACUUUAAAUAAUCUUGAUGAACACUUUGCUGUAUGUUUUUAGCCACAAGUCUAUUUCUCACGUUCUACAUUUCCUUAUUGUAAUUACAUGAAACGAUUAGUGGUUCAUUGACUCAAACAUUUCGUAGGGCUGCAGAAUAACCUGGACAGCUCGGGGUAACACACUUUAUAUAAGAUGGUCUAAUUGUGCUAAGAAAAAAAAUAAGUCAAAAGUCUGUUUUAUUGGGUUUUACCGCUUUUAGAUCUUUUAUGGUUGCAGUGUAAACAUAAGAAAAAUUAUGACUUCCUCUGAUAAAGUUCACAGUGUUUAAUGGAGUAGAGUAUAUAAAAGACAUAAAUUACACAUGCCGAUGACAUGAGACAUAACCAGUGAAAUAAAUAAUUUAUGUGGCUAAAGAAAAAGCAAAGGGCUGGAUAUCUUAUUAUUUUUCCCCCAAACAUCGUGAUGAAACAAUGGAGAAAUGUGUUUCCAUGAUUUCGAUUUUCAGACAAUCUCAGUACAUCUUUAAGUUGGUUAAAUGAUUAGAAAAACGUUUCUGGUAUUAAAAAUAAAUACUUAUGGACUGUAGAACUAAAAUAUUGGAUUGACAUAAUAAAACUAGUUUGGGCGCAUGCGUAUAAAGCUUCUUUAAAAAAAGACAAUUGGGAACACUGGUUCUUAAACUUAGAUCAUUUCUAUGGGAAAAUAUUGUUCUCUCUCUUAUUAUGUGACUUAUUGUAACACUGUUGUACUAGUUGGCUCAACUAUCUCCCUAGUUGCCUUCACUGUUGCACUACUUGAUGGCUGUUUUUUUUUAUUCCUCUUUUCUCCUUCUUUUCCUCCCAACAUUUCUAUUCCACUGGGGAAGAAGAAAAGGUUAAAAAAAAAAACUGUACAGAAUCGAGUCAGAAUUAGUCAAAGAUUCAGUUUCCCAUAAUCAGAGAAAGCAAUUGACGGUAAAAUAAAACGCUCGCUUUAGUCUUUAAAUCCCUUUGUCUUCAUUCGUUAAACUUGGCCGAAAAUGACACCCACCACUCAUUGUAGGAAAAAACAGUUGCCACAAGAGUCCGACCGCCCUUUAGCCACUCCAUUCCCAUGGCUCUGGCUAGAACACCACUGUUACAAAUCUACUGAUCCAGCAUUUCUUUCAGCUUUGUUCCACAACACAUCUAAGCUUGGCGUCUCCUACGAGAAUGUCCUUUCAAAAAUGUCGCUUUGCCUGCCGGUUUACAACAAUGCUUUGAUCGUAUUGUUUUCCACGACCCCUUUGUCACAGAUGAUAGAAUAGCCCGGAACAUUGAAGGCAAGAAAAAGCCCGGGCAUAGAUCUAAAUCUCGUGACAUGUCAUGGAAAGGAUUCAAACAAAGUAAGGCAAAAUUUGGGGGGAAAAACAAUGCAAAAAAAAACAACAACGAACGUGUCGGCAAGAAGCCUUCAUCAGAGGAAAAAAAAAAAAAAAAAAAAAAAAAAAAAAAAAUAAAACAAAUAAAAAAUAAAAAAAAAAAAAAAAAAAAAAAAAAAAACGAAACGGUCGGAAAAAAACCUUCAAAAGGGGAAAAAAAAAAAAAACAAAAAAAAAAACAGAAUUUAAUACAAAUAACAAUUAACUGAAGUGUAGUGUCCGAGUGGACAGCAAGUGGAAUGUGGUAGAAAAUAAGUAGAUGAGAGAUUAAAUACAGGCAAAAAGUGAAAGAAGAGAGGAAAAUUAAUUCCACUGAGAUGACAUGUCAUGACAGCCUGCUAUGCCAAAAUCACUUCAGAAAAAAACCUGUUAGUGCAAAUGUAAGCCCUGUCAACGGCCCAGGCAGUACAUUGAAAACUCUACCGCAUUGUCACACACAAAAAAAAAAACAACAACAAAAUAACCCAUCUCUUAGUUAGUACGUGAAUUCUCACAACAAAGUAAAUUAAUUGUUGCGUUCAGAAAGAUAAUGAAAGUUGCAGUGAAACAGCGUGCUCUUCUUAGACGAUUACAUUUCUAAGCCUUGUGGAUACACCUGUUUCCCAUUAUAUGAACACAACAACAAAUGAUUUUCUUUACAGGGUGAAUGACAAUAUCGUGGAACUCCCUCACCCCAUGGGCGUCCGCAGGUAGGGGCAAGGGGGGCACUUGCCCCCCCCCCUGGAUUGAUUGGAUAAAAAAAUUUUAGACAACGAUAGACACAAAAUUUAUUAAAGUAAAGAGAAAAUAAAGAGAAAGUAGCUAAGCUGAUGUCCUGUCCGUUCGUUCACCAUACAAAUACGCUACAGUAAAUUAAAACUAUAUUAAAACAUUACUAAAAAAUGUUUGCCCCCCUGGAAAGAUAAUCGAUUUUGUGACCCCCCCCCCUAGAAAGUUUUCUGCGGGCGCCCAUGCCUCACCCACUUCUCUGUAAUUAAAAAUAAUUAAAUGUGAAAAAGAUGAAGAUCGAUAAUUUUCUCAAUUUGUUCAUUGUUUAAUACCUGCCAUUUUAAUAUCGAGUUUCACUUCAUUAUGUUAUUGUUAGCACCUGCCAUUUUUAUAGAGAGUUUUACCUCAUAUGUUUUUUUAAUGCCUGACAAUUUAAUAUCGAGUUUCACCGGAAAAAGGUCAUUGGAAGUGGUGGAAAAUUGAAGGGGCGUCGAUUUUAAAAAAAAAGUAAACAAAAGCCCAUUUGUAAAACUGAAGACGCAUUUGAUCAGACGCCCAAUAAACAACAGAGCACUUCUUUUGAAAUCUUUUGAUGGGAACCUUGUUUAGUUCUUGGACACAAUCUUCUUUUGUAAGUCCUUUACUUUGUUCUUUAUUCACAUAUUCUAUGUAGAAGUUUUAAUGCUUACAUUUUUUACAGAUGAUCUACUUAUUAUUAUGUUUUAAAAAAAUUUAAAAAACUUAUGUAACCGUAAUCUAGUUUCAAAUCUGAAUAAGCAAAAUGGGUAGACAUGUUCAACAGUUUCAGAACGUUACAAAAUUUUAAAAGCUAAAUUAAGACAAGAAAACAAGAAGAAUAAAAUGCGAAUUCUUAUUCACCGAUUCCGAAACCCACAACAACAACAACAACAACCUGUCUGGGGACACUCUGCUUUGAAACACCUGCCGGGCAUUAGCUCUGCGAUUUUAAUGCGUUCAAUUCAUUGCUUGGUGUGAGGACCACAUGUGACGUCGAUAAGUCAGUGAGUCUACUCCAAUAAAACAGUGUUCUCCAGAGUCUUCUAUAGAACACUUUGACUGGAACACGUAGGACUGCUAGAAAGAGCUGAAAAGGGGUGAGGGGCGUGGUUGAUUUUUAAACAGAUUCCUUCGCUCAAUUCGUAAAGAAACGAUAUAAUUAAAUAAUUUUUUUUAAAUUUUUUUUUCCACACUAAUAGUCUAUUUCAAUUAAUAUUGUUAAAAAGAAUUGUGAAAUUCGUUUCUUUGUGUAUUUGGCCACCUUCCACUUUUAGAUUGAGACCGCAUAACUACAGCACAUAGAAAUGUCGGAAUACUGUAUUACGCCAUCAAGUCUCUGAUUCAAUGACUUCAGACUAUCUUAAAAGUUUAAAAAAAUAAUUGCCAAUGAUUGUUAACAAUUUUAAGGAAAAAAAGAAAAAGAAACAACAACGUAAUAAUAAACUCUAAUGGCACUCUCGAUAUUUUAUUUCUUCUUCUAAAUUUCUUUUAUAUUUUGAGGGCCCACGAUCAAUUUACUGAUCAUUCUGGGUCCUGGUUUGAAUUUAGAGUUAGCCUUCACUACGAUGAGUUGCCGUCCAAGGCUAACGCGCCCCGACCAAUCGCGGUGCUGGGACGUUGGCUUUAGUGGGGAUUGAACCAGCUGCUUUUUGGCAUUGAGUCAAAGACCGCUCGGCCACCUAGCGCCACGAUUUGCACGACCGUGUACACAACUUUGCUGCAAUCAGCCGGGGGAGAACUUCUAUCUUCAGAGAUCACUCGAAAUCUCACUGUAUAUUAUAAAAUCAGAAAUAGGAUACGGUAAUAUUUAAAAUCCGUGGUUCCGUUUUAACGAUCACAUAAGGAAUAAGAAAGGCAAAAUUCACAUUUUGGGGUGGGGUGGGGGUGGAACUGUUGAUGUUGUCAUGCCAGGAAGAAUAGGACACUGUUGCAAGGUGCAACGGGUAGUCGUGGUAUCACAUCAGGACGUCCUGUAACAGGAUCCAUUGAGAUUUCAUGCUAAGGCCUGGACUCGUAGUAUCAUAUCAGGACGUCCUGUAACAUGAUCCAUUGAGAUUUCAUGCUGAGACCUGGACUCGUAGUAUCAUAUCAGGACGUCCUGUAACAUUAUCCAUUGAGAUUUCAUGCUGAGACCUGGACUCGUAGUAUCUUAUCAGGACGUCCUGUAACAUUAUCCAUUGAGAUUUCAUGCUGAGACCUGGAUAUGUUUGUUUGUUUUCGCAUACACUUGAACGCAGAUAAGGAACUGACUGGUCUAUCAGACAUGACAGCAAUGAUCUCACUGUUCAGGUUCAGAAAACUGUCAGACAAUAAAUAGUUUUAAGGUUCUUGAGAUAGUUUUGAAUUAGUUUUUUUUUUUUUUUUAACGAGACGUGCGCCAUUAUUUUUUCUCUUUAUUAAAGUCAACAAGCACAUUUUUUAUGGUUGAACUGUCUUGACACUUUUUAUGGUUGAAUUGUCUUGACACUUUUUAUGGUUGAACUGUCUUGACACUUUUUAUGGUUGAACUGUCUUAACACUUUUUAUGGUUGAACUGUCUUAACAAUUUUUAUGGUUUAACUGUCUUGACACUUUUUAUGGUUGAACUGUCUUGACACUUUUUAUUGUUGAACUGUCUUGACACUUUAUAGAAUGCCAGCGUUAUAAUAUCAGAGUUAUAACACCAAAGUUAUAAUGCCAGAGUUAUAAUGCCAGAGUUAUAAUGCCAGAGUUAUAAUGUAAGAGAUAAAAUACCAGUUAUAAUGUUAUUAUUACUGUUAUAAAAUCAUUAAUGUAUUCAAACUCAAACCCGCUAACGCAAGAAAAUGGGAGCCCCUGAAAAGGGAAUUAUGCAGCGAUCUAGUUAAGCCCGAAAGGGAGUUGAGUUGCAGACUACCUCCUUUGAAACGAGGAAAGUCACCCAGGUCGGCAAUAGGAAUGUAAGUACAAUGUCUGAGAUGGGGAGAAUUUAAGAGGUGACAACAAAGAUGAAACAAAGACAGGAAAGUGUUCGAAAUAAUUAGAGAGGAUAGCUAAGGGGGCGGAAGAUUUUGAAAGAAAUCGUUAAUGACCUAUGGUCCAUUGUGAUGUGAAAUAAAUUUUUAAUGACCUUUCCCCCACUGGUCGCUGAAAGAAAUUGUUAACAUCAUAUGAGUUGAAAAUACAAAGAAAAAGAGUUAAAAAAAAAAAAGAAGUAUUUUCUGAGAUAUUUUAAAGAAAAUUUGCCUUCUGAGUAAAAAUUUUAAAAUAAAAGCUGGGUCAUUAUUUAAAGACAACUAAAGUAUGUAUGCCCUAACUCUAGCUGACCACACAAUAACCCUUAGUGAUGGUUUGGUUUGGUUUGGUUUGGUUUGGGGGGAGGGGGGCAUUCGUUAAGACCAUGACGUAUACCGUUUUCUUUACGCACUGUGAACACAAAUCACGAGACCAUGACGCCCUCAAUACAUCUCAUUACAGCCAACAAAGCGACGGCCAGAAGAAGUCAUAAUGCCUUCGGGAUCGCCACGUUGACACUCUUGAUUAAUACAUCCCCCUACAGCCCCCCUCCCCCUCUAGGGAAGCCUUACUGUUUGUGACCUUGACCCCCCAGUCAGCCAUAUCCUCCAACCUUGUCAAAAAUUCCGCUAUUUGUAUUGGUUACCGGUACCUUAUCUCGGACUGGAUAUUUGCACAUAUUUUGAUUGCAUUGCCUUUCAAGCAAUCAAUAUCCCGCUGGAGAAAGGCUGAUAGCAAUGUACAUUUGUUUUAGCGUUUCCCCCUUCUAGCCUCUGAUUAUUAAUUAUCGGUCUCUUCAACUGACACCGACUGAAAUAGGUAUAAAAGUUUGGUUAAAAUGUACCGAACAGUUCUGUAUUACAAACUCGAAAGGCUAAUUGGCUAUUUGAUGCUCAAUGAUUUAAGCAAGUCAUUGGUGUGAUGGAAUAUUUUUAAGAAAGUACGGCGACAUUACAACAUUAAAUGCUUGACUUAAAUUUUCAUCGGUCAUGUUCUCAACACAAAAUAUAUGAAGGUCGUUAUAAGGGAUGGGUGAUGGAGGAUGUAUCACAUUGUGACACAUGUCCAACUUUACAUUAUCACCGCCAUGAAAAUAUCAAAUGGUAAAUCUGGUUGACUGCUGACUUUAUUUUCGCAUUGUUUGUGGAAAAAAACAACCCGAUCCCCUUUACUUCACGUUGAAGUAGGCGAUUGAACGCUACAUAGCAAAUAUUUGUUAUACAGGUAACGCUAAAUUUCUUAUAUAAUAUAUAUAUAUAUAUAUUGCUGCUGGUGCGUCCUACUUCCUCUUUAAAACAACCCCCAGCUCCACAUGUUUUAUAUUAUUAGUACUGAGUGGGAAAAAAAAAGAUAUUGAAACUCAUGCGUGACGGUUGAACUCCGGUAAUUAUGUUGAUUCUUUUCUUUAGUGGGAGGCGACUAUUAUAUUAAUAAAGAGUCAAAGGUAUGGUGUAGGAAUGACUGUAGGACUGUCUGUACGGCUGUCUGUAGGACUGUUUGUUUAAAGGCCGGCGGGUAGGGUGUGGGACUUUCUGUAGGACUGUUGUUUAAAGACCGGCGGGUAGAGUAUGGGACUUUCUGUAGGACUGUUUGGAUAAAGGCCGCGGGUAGGGUGUGGGACUUUCUGUGGGACUGUUUGGAUAAAGACCGGCGGGUAAGGUGUCGGACUUUCAGUAGGACUGUUUGGAUAAAGACCGGCGGGUAGGGUUUGGGACUUUCUGUAGGACUGUUUGGAUAAAGGCCUGCGGGUAGGGUGUGGGACUUUCUGUAGGACUGUUUGGAUAAAGAAUGUAGGGGUGUUUGGAUUAAGGCCGGCGGGUAGGGUGUGGGACUUUCUGUAGGACUGUUUGGAUAAAGACCGGCGGGUAGGGUGUGGGACUUUCUGUAGGACUGUUUGGAUAAAGACCGGCGGGUAGGGUGUGGGACUUUCUGUAGGACUGUUUGGAUAAAGACCGGCGGGUAGGGUGUUGGACUUUCUGUAGGACUGUUUGGAUAACGACCGGCGGGUAGGGUUUGGGACUUUCUGUAGGACUGUUUGGAUAAAGGCCGACGGGUAGGGUGUGGGACUUUCUUUAGGACCGUUGUUUAAAGACCGGCGGGUAGGGUGUGGGACUUUCUGUAGGACUGUUUGGAUAAAGACCAGCGGGUAGGGUGUGGGACUUUCUGUAGGACUGUUUGGAUAAAGGCCGGCGGGUAGGGUGUGGGACUUUCUGUAGGACUGUUUGGAUAAAGGCCGACGGGUAGGGUGUGGGACUUUCUGUAGGACUGUUGUUUAAAGACCGGCGGGGAGGGUGUGGGACUUUCUGUAGGACUGGUUGGAUAAAGACCGGCGGGAGGCGGGUAGGGUGUGGGAGUUUCUGUAGGACUGUUUGGAUAAAGGCCGGCGGGUAGGGUGUGGGACUUUUUGUAGGACUGUUUGGAUAAAGACCGGCGGGUAGGGUGUGGGACUUUCUGUAGGACUGUUUGGAUAAAGGCCGGUGGGUAGGGUGUGGGACUUUCUGUGGAACUGUUGUUUAAAGGCGGUCAUAUAUUAUAGAAAAUGAGAAGUUAACUAUUUUUUGUCACACUUAGAUUCACAUGGGUAUUUUAUCAAAAUUCUCGGACCAGAUGAAAAACAACAACAAUCAAAUGCCUUCGGUUAAGCACUAGUAUCUAUAAUUUUUUUUUAUGCAGGGUGAUUAUAGAAGUUUUUAUUCAUUCAAAAAUUGUGUAUAUUAUUAUCCCUUUACCAACACUUGAAAUAGUUAUAGUUAAAUUUCGAAUUGGAACCAAAGAAAAAUAAUAAUAAGUAUAAUGGUUGCACAACUUUCGUUUAGAAGAAUGGAAUCUCGUGUAGAAAGAUAGAUUCAUCAACUUUACAUCUUGUUUAUUUUAGAGAGAUAGUUUUAGGGAAAAAACAAACAAUUUUCACAUAUUUGAAAUUUUCUUUUUACAGGUUAAUCUAUCUGAAUGACUGAAUAUAUCUGAAUUACUGAAUCUAUCUGAAUGAUUGAAUCUAUUUGAAUGACUGAAUCUACCUGAAUGACUCAUUCUAUCUGAAUAGCUAAAUCUGUCUGAAUGACUGAAUCUAUCUAAAUGACUGAAUCUAUCUGAAUGACUGAAUCUUUCUGAAUGACUGAAUCUAUCUAAAUUACUGAAUCUAUCUGAAUGACGGAAUCUAUCUAAAUGACUUAAUCUACCUGAAUGACCAAGUCUAUCUGAAGGAAAAAGGCUAUCGGAAUGACUUAAUCCAUCUGAAUGACUGAGGUUUUUAAAUGUACAUUUCUGUAAUGUAAGCUAAUCGUAUUUUAUUAUGAUACGCAUUGCUUGUAUAAAACUGCUCAAGAGGACCUCGUUUUAGGUGUUUCACCAAGUCAAUUUUCAGUUCCAAAACUAAUCUGACCAUCAACUUUUAUCAUCGACCUAACGUUUUUAUUAAUUCUGACCCACUUUUAGCGUCAUCCGGACGUCAUGUCGUACUUGGCCACAGGGAAGGCCGGCCGUGACAGGGAGAUGGCCGCCGUCAUGUACAACCUGAAGGAACAAAGAGUCUUGGAGAAGUCCCUCCAGACACUGCAGCUGGAGCAGAGCUACGCUAUACGACUCCUGGAUCUGGACAAUAGGAUAAUCAAAGUAUUUAAUCCAAAAAAAAAAAAAACAACAACAACAAAAGACUAACAACAUUUCUGCUCAUGAAAACUAUAAAUUCAAGCAAAUACAAAUUUAUUACAGAGACAUUAAAUUAAACACAACUAUGUUAUCACAUAAUAUGUAAUGUAGCUUUCACAGAAGAGGGCAAGGAAAUGAUAACUGCUUAAUUUUUUUUAUUCGUAUGCGGAGAAGCCUUGUGCCUAUCACGUUUUCUUUCAUAUUUAUCAUCUCUGGUUUUAACUGCAUUAUUAUUCAUUAUUAACAUUAUUAAUGCUUAUUUAAUUAUUACGUAUAUUAGGAUGAAGAAGGUAAUAAUUUUGAUUUGUUUCAUUCUAUUUUUUUUUAAAAAAAGCUUGAUCCUUUUUCGUAUAUACCAAUACUUUGUGUAAUAUAAUAUCUUAUCACUUAUUUGCUUUCCUCAGGUAAAAUAUAGGAAACUUAAGGAGAAGGUCUCUAAAAUUAAGUCGCACCUACCCGCCGAAGACAUCAGCAAAUUCAGACAGCUCGACCAGGACGGUAAACUCAAACCAAAGUACAGUGACGUGUGUCUGGGCAGCGCCAUCAAAAUAGCCGCGGCUUCCAGACGGCUGAACCUGAGCAGCAGCCGGGCUCCCAGCCGCAGAGCCGUCCGCAGCGCCCUGCCCAGGAUAGCUGUGCAGCCAGACGGCAACGACCUCUCCGGCAGGUCCGCCGCCUCUCUAGGUCAGCCCGCGGCUUCGAGCAGGUUCAAGCGUAGCAACUCUGUGACGGGCGUCUUUACAGAUGCGCCUUCACGUUCGCCCCAGGGCCAACGGCCAGGUUCUGCUUUUGUUCUCCAGAGUCCCACCGGACCACGAAAAACUCCUGCGCAGUUGGUGAAAGAAGACUCAAAUCUGUUAAGCGUAAGAGAGGGCCCUGCGCCCGAGGUGAUUAAGAAGGUCAGGACAUUGACCCUUCCGGAGGCGGAGAAACCCGAAGCGGCAGGGAGGAACAUGUUUUCUUUUCGAUCAUGGUCGGCCGUUCAGCACUCGCACACGCCGUUUUCCAGCCACGCCACUGCCGAGAAGGACGCCCGGGCAGGGUUAAGUACGGCCCCGGCCCAGUACAGUCGGGGGCGGAGACCUUCUCACGGAUCUAACGACUCUAUAGACAGGUAGGCCUAUACUAUCAGUUCAAUAAAACAGAGUCUGCAACUUAGAAUCUAAGAGUUUAUUACUGGUAAUAUUAUCUAAAAUCUCUGGCAUGAAAAUACAUUCUAAAAUGCGAAGAUAUGUAAUACUUGAUGUAAAUAUUUUAUAACAGUCCAUAUAUGAGAAACAAAGUAUUGAUCGAUUACCUUUUUAGUAUCGAAGUUAUUAUAACUUAAUCUUUUUUUUUUUAAUUCUUUCCAUUUGCACAUUAUUUAGUGACUUAAACAAAUUAGAACAGCAAUAAAAAAAAAUAUACAAGACAAUAGAUCACAUAUAAAAACAAUUGCAGAUCAGAAAAUCUUUUAUUUUUAUAAGGACCUGCCUAAUGCAGCGUUUCUCAUCUUGUAGGUCGCGACCCCUUUGCGGGUCGCACGAUCCUUUCACUGGGGUCGCUUAAGACCAUCUAAAAACACAUAUACUCUACAGUUAUAAAUUAUCAACGAAAAUAACUUUGUGGUUGGGGGUCGCCACAACAUGCGGAACCGUAUUAAAGGGUCGCGGCAUUAGAAAGGUUGAGAACCUCUGGCCUAAUGUUAAGCUGAUUUAAAAGACUUCGUUAAAAAGACUUCGCUAAGAAGACUUUAUUAAGGAGACUUUGUUAAGAAGACUCUUUUAAGAAGACUUUGUUUUGUCCACAGUAAUUUGGGAGAAAACGUGUACGAAGAACGCCGCCAGGAAUUGUUGGAGGAGGAGAAUAUAAGGGCAGCAACCCUUGAUAAAAGAACGAAGUUAUUUCUUCAAAAAGUUGAUGAUUAUCUGCAGAAAAACCCGACUUUUGUACAAACGACGCCCACAUUAGAAAACGAGGCGCCGCCCUUGGAAACUAGCAUUAACAGAGAUAUUUUCACACCCGACGUUCGUGUCAAACAUAAAUACCAUAGGCGUAGCAACGCGACGGCCGAGUUCGACGAUACGCCCACGUACUUCCCAGAGAACGGAUACAAGGAGCGCCUGAUGGGCCUGUGGAAAGACAUGAAUAAAUGCCGGUACCUCCGACUGCCGGAGGAGAAGAUCGACCUGUCCGGUAUAAACACACUGGUCAAGGACCAGAUGAAGAUGUUUGAAACACUCAAGCAAGGGGACAGACUCCCUCUGCGUGCCGCAUGGGAAAACUGACGGGGAUAGGAUCAAGGAUAUGGUAGGAUCAGUAAAAGAGUGUCAGUGACAGGAAUAGGAUCAGUGAUAAGGAUAUGAUUAGUGACAGGGAUAUAAUCAGUGACAGGAAUAGGAUCAGUGAUAAGGAAAUGAUCAGCGAAAGGAUAUGAUCAGCGAAAGAAUAUGAUCAGUGACAGGGAUAGGACCAGUGACAGGGAUAGGACCAGUGACAGAGAUAGGACCAAUGACAGGGAUAGGACCAAUGACAGGGAUAGGACCAGUGACAGGGAUAUGACCAGUGACAGGGAUAGGACCAAUACAGGGAUAGGACCAGUGACAGGGAUAGGACCAAUGACAAGGAUAGGACCAGUGACAGGGAUAGGACCAAUGACAGGGAUAGGACCAAUGACAGGGAUAGGACCAGUGACAGGGAUAGGACCAGUGACAGGGAUAGGACCAGUGACAGGGAUAGGAUCAAUGACAGGGAUAGGAUCAGUGACAGGGAUAGGAUCAGUGACAGGGAUAGGAUCAGUGACACUAAUUGGAAAGGAAUAAAAGAAUUCUAGGGUCCGCAUUCUCCCCCCCCCCCCCCCCCCCCCCAGGGAAAGGACCAGUGACAGGGAUAGGACCAGUGAAAGGGAUAGGAUCAAUGACAGGGAUAGGAUCAGUGACAGGGAUAGGAUCAGUGACAGGGAUAGGAUCAGUGACACUAAUUGGAAAGGAAUAAAAGAAUUCUAGGGUCCGCAUUCUCCCCCCCCCCCUCCCCCUCUAAUCAUGCAUUAGCAUUGGGCGAUAGAAUAGUUGAUCAGUAUUCAUGAAAACAUCAUGUCACGGGUUUAUAAUUUUUUUUAUAAAGGUAACUUUGUUUAGACUUUGUAGAAACGGUUUCAUAUUUUGACACAUGACAUCAGACGUGCUCUAGCUUCGACCAGUCACGUGAUCUGUCAUUCAAAGAGUUCACUGAACAUGUUAUUUUUGUGUUAAACCAUGUCGUAUUUUGAGUCAUUCCGUUCAUCUCUGCCAUUCUAACUGGCCCACUGCGUCUGGUAACCAAGGAUGACGUCAUUGAAAAAAAAUACUAUUGGAGUAAACUUAACAAUUUUUCAAGAUAACAUAAAAUAUUAAAAAACAGUACCUCUCGGUUAAACCUUUCAGUGUGACUGACGACUGACUGCUAACUCUAAGAGAAAUGAAGACAACUUGAUGUUCAUUGUGUUGUAUAUUUUCAACAUAGGACACACACCGUGAACACUGAACAUGUGUCUCGUGAUAUUUACAAGGGCAAUGCCUGAAGACUUUAUUUUAUUUAUUUAUUUUUUAAAAAAAGAGAGGACACAUUGUUCUCAUGUUUCUAUAAAUAAAGUGAAUAUGGGAUCGAUCUGAACAGAACCCCAUCCAUGUUCACAUGGCACUACUCAGAUCUUGUCAUUUUUUUCUAUUGUUGUUGUUGAGGGUGGUGACGUUACAGGGUCUUGGCGUUUGUUGUUGUGCUUUAUUGUUCUCAUCAUUCAUAUUGUCAUGGUAUUAUUUAAUGAAUACAUUGUUACAUGGUGUCCGUUUAGUCCCCAGUGCUCG